AUGCCUUCCGGAGAAGUUCCCAAGAGUCAAUUUGACUCGAUACCAGACGCAAUUGCUGCUUUCCGCAAUGGCGAAUUCGUAGUCGUCCUCGACGACCCGUCACGCGAAAACGAAGGCGAUCUGAUCAUUGCCGCCCAGAACAUCACAACCGAGCAGAUGGCCUUCAUGGUGCGGUACUCGUCCGGCCUCAUUUGCGCUCCCAUCCCCGCUUCCUUGACCGAGUCGCUCGAGCUGCCGCAGAUGGUGCAACACUCGCAAGACCCCAAAGGCACCGCCUACACAUUGAGCAUUGACAGCGCAGACCCAAGCAUCACCACUGGUAUUAGCGCCUACGAUCGCGCUCUAACCUGCCGGACGCUGGCAAGGCCCGACGUGAAGCCGGAGCACUUUAGACGACCCGGCCACGUCUUCCCACUGCGUUCCAAGCAGGGCGGCGUCAGAGAGAGACCCGGACAUACCGAGGCUGGUGUUGACUUUUGCCGGCUGGCGGGACUUCCCGAGGCCGCAGUCAUUAGCGAGCUGGUCGAGGAUGGACAAGAAAUUGAGGGUCAAGCCGUGCGCAGCGAGCCCGGCAUGAUGAGGACAGAGGGCUGUGUCCGGUUCGCGCGGAAAUGGGGUCUGAAGGUCUGCACGAUUGAGGACCUGGUCGCCCAUCUUGAAAAGACCGAGGGCAAGCUGGGACUGAAUGGAUCGUCUUGA